AUGGAUUGCCAACACCAAAAUAAUUCUUUUUUUCGUUCACCUAUCGAGGUUUCUAAAUAUCAUCAAUUAAAUUAUCAUCAAACACAAAUUGAACAAGAACGAUCCAAUUUCUCUAUGUUGUCAGAACCAUCUCUUCAAUUACCUUUUGUUCCACCAUUCUAUAAUAAAGAACAACAAUAUUCAUCUUAUUAUAAUCAACAUUCUUCGAAAGGUGAUUAUUAUCCAAUUAAGUCGCCUUUAUCUAAUAUACAAUAUAAAGAAAUAAUGAAUCCACAGGAUUCAUUUUCCUCUUCUUCUAUAUUACCUAUGUCAAUGCCGUCGUCAUCACCGUUAUCACAUUAUAAUCAACCACAAUUUUCACCAUCGGCAACCGAAUCACAAAGAAAAUAUAGAAAACCGGGACCCACUCCCCCUUUAACACCACCUCAUGAAUUUCGUUCAGUAAAACGAAAAAUUAGUUCUCCAUUAUUGAUAAAAAAAUCCGAUGGAGUCAUUGUUAACCUAUUGAAUGACGAUGACAACGAUAAUUUGUUAUCUCCUCCUUUAACAGAAAGUUCAGAUGAAGAUUUAUCCAACGAUGAACGGGAAAAAAAUUUUCCAUGUUUAAUGCCUGGUUGUACCUCAAAAUUUUCUCGACAGGAUAAUAUGAUGCAACAUUUUCGUACACAUUUAUCAUCAAAAAGUCGACGUGGUUCGAAAUCAAGUAUUCGAACAUUACCACUGCGAUCUGUCUGCAGCAACAUCAAUAAUAGCGGAAGUAGCAAUAGACCAACAAAACGUUUUCGAUAUAAUAACGUGACUCCAACAAUUGACACUUCAUUAUUACCUCGUAAUUCUGCAUUGACUCCUACGUUGACUCCUAUAUUACCACCAGUUAGAAUAAUUAACGAACAACAAGGAAUUGUAUUACCAUCAAUUCAUACUUUAAAUCAUCCUCCUUCAAAAUAG